AUGUUUCAAUUGGGGACUUUUAUUUUUUUAAGGCAAACUGUAAAUUCCAUUAUUGUGGCUAUUUUCACACAGGCGGUUCAAAUACCUUACGACCUAUCGUCGAAAAAUAAACAGAAGCAAAGAAGGAACGGGGAAAAAGGUUUUUCGAUCCAGAUAUCAUUGCACAUUUUGGCUUCAAACACGGUUUAGCAUAACCGGUGGACAAGUAUUUAUUGUAUAGCUUUGCUUGGAUUUUUCAUGGCCAUGAACGACGCAUUAAUUUUCCGAGUUAGUGCAUUUUCCGAGCAAGGGGGAAGGAGAUACAUGGAGGAUGUUAUUGAGUUUAAAGUGGAGUACGAACCGCCUGAGCCAGAGCCAGCAGAGGGUGGUCUGAAUUCGGUAGAACAACAAGGGGAGUCAAAAGUAGAGAAACAGGAGAAUGGUCAUACUGAGCAGACCAUAAUAAGCAAUUCCCCCGAAAACGUUCAAGAAUCGGUGCAUGUUAGUGCAAUGUGGACAGAAAACAUAACAUGUGAGAAGCAUGGGGACAUUUCCCAGGCAGAAGUUCCAGCAGUGCACACGGUCGUUCGGAAGUCUGUGGCGUUUUUUGGUGUAUUUGACGGUCACGGAGGGCGAGAAGCUGCUCAUUUUGCCCGAGACAAUCUGUGGGGUAUUCUGAAAAAGCAAAGGGGGUUUUGGUCAGAAGAUCAAGGAGAAGUCUGUGAAGCAAUUCGAAAGGGGUUCAUUGCCUGCCACCAUGAUAUGUGGAAAGAGCUACCUGAGUGGCCCAAGACUCUGACCGGCCAGCCCAGUACUGCAGGAACAACGGCCAGUAUAGUGCUGAUCCGGGGGGAUCUGAUGUACGUAGCCCAUGUGGGGGACUCUGCAGUGGUUGUUGGGGUGAAAGAGCCCGGUGAAAAGAACAUCAGGGCCUUGGAGGUCACACAGGACCACAAACCUGAACUUCCCAAAGAGAAGGAGCGCAUUGAGAGACUUGGGGGCAGUGUAGUGAAGAAGUCCGGGGUGAACCGUGUGGUGUGGAAGAGGCCCAGACUGACCCACAAUGGCCCUGUCAGGAGGAGCACUGUCAUAGACCAGAUUCCCUUUCUCGCUGUGGCCAGAGCUUUGGGGGACCUGUGGAGCUAUGACUUCUACAGUGGGGAGUUUGUGGUCUCUCCAGAGCCUGAUGUCACUGUAAUGACCAUUGACCCUAAGAAGCACCGCUACAUCAUCCUGGGUAGUGAUGGAUUGUGGAACAUGAUGCCAGCUAAGGAUGCUGUCGCUAUGUGUGAGUGCCACGAUCAGAUGGUGGGCCCUAAGGGAUGGUCCUGUGCCAAACGGUUAGGAUGCACGGCCUUGCUGUUCUGGCGCCAGCGCAUGCUCCGUGCAGACAACACAACGGUCAUAGUGAUAACCGUGCAGCACCCUGAUGAGCCACCCAUGACCAUGCACCUACAGGAGCUCUAUGUCAAUAUGGCAGAGGGCCUUGAUAAGAUCCCCCCCGUUACAACCGCAAACUCUCCCCGCCGUUACGACGGCCCCAUUAUGACAGAGGAGGAGGAUGGGGAGGUCUGUUUUGAUGAAGAACAUGGGCAUUGGCGACACCUAGAAUGGGAGUGAGAACCCAGAGGUUAACACUGUGUCCUCUGUGGGUGAGCUUCUCCCCCUCCCAGCUUUGGAGUGGAGGAAUAGCCUGUGUGAGGCUGGUCUCUGUCUCCCUUCAGAGCCCCUGGCAGAGGUGGACUCACAGAGAGUGACCCCAACAGACAAAACCUUGAACGUUUGUUCAAUUGAAGGCACAGGGACUCCAGGGUUCUCAGCACCAUCCACCCCUCUGCUGAGGAGGCUUCGUAGGCCCCCACACACUCCCCUCUCCCCCAGCAUAGCACACCACAGCCUUGGUCGGUCCCCUCACAGUCCCUUGUCUCCCAGGAUGCCUCGCCGCAGCCUGGCCCGUUCUCCACGCAGUCCCUUGUCCCCUAGAACGUCUCGCCGCAGACUCAGUGACCGAACCCCUCUGAGGCGAGGUGGAAAGGGACAGAGACGCUCCCCCAAUGUUCCCGUCAUCCUACCACAGAAACGCAAGGCUGCCUUGUGUGUGUGCUGAACCUCAUCUUACCACGGACGUCAGAUUGACUAGGAUGAUGACCUUUAUCAUUCUGCAAAGAGAUGCAUAAGGGCAUCUGAACAUUGUGUGCUCAUGUAUCAACAGUAUGCCACUGUUCCAUUCAUAGAUUAAGUAUACUUUUAUAGUGGAGUCUGGUACCAUCUAAACAUUUUUGUAAAAAUGUGAUGUUUGUGUAUAUGCUUACUUUACAUCUUAAGUGUUUUUAUGAUCUUUUGUUUAUUAACUGUUUUAAUGGAAAACAUAUUGUAUCUAGUGUAUAUUGCUGGUCAUAUUUCCACCCCCUUUUAUGUUUAUAAUAAUAAUAAUAAUAAAUCAAUAAAAAAUCCCA